AGAAGAGGAGGCGGGGGACAGACGGUACCCAGCACAGACGCUCCGCUGCACGGACCCAGACCACAGCGAACCAGCUGCAGGAAGAACCGCUGAGAGAGUCCCCGGAUGGAUGGAGGGCCCAGGACGUCCUCUUGGCCGUGGUCUCGUCUCGCCCCACCAGCCGCUCCUCUGCUCCUGCUGCUGCAGCACAGCUCGCAGCGCUUAGCUGCAGAAACCUCUCUGUGUGCGUUUAAAACAUGACCUGGACGCUGCCCGGCUAGCUGCUCCGUACUGCGGCUUCAACUCGCCGACUGUUUCAGCUGAAGAUGUAGAUCAGUAAUUCCUGUGGGACUUUUUUUCAUCUAAAGGUUUAAAAACAAACUUUUUUUUUUUUUUACUUCAGAGAGGAAGUUCAGUUGGAAACCAAACUGCGUUAAAAUGUAGGUGGACUGCGACUAGCGUCGACUUUUCAGCGGCUAACGGACAGUUAGCGGCUCGAGGAAGGCGGGAAGCGGCGGCUCUGGCGUAACGGAGGGGAUCAGCGGGGGUGCGAUGGAGUACCACUCCGGUGGUAGCCUGCCCCUGCUGGGGAGACCGCGGUACUGCCCCGGAGCUAACGCUAACGGAGGGUACCUGUGUGAGACGGGACACUGCUGCGGAGAGACCGGCUGCUGCACCUACUACUACGAACUCUGGUGGUUCUGGCUGCUGUGGACCGUCCUCAUCCUCUUCAGCUGCUGCUGCGCCUACCGACACCGCCGAGCCAAACUCCGCGUCCAGCAGCAGCAGCGGCAGAGAGAGAUCAGCCUGCUGGCCUACCACGGAGCCAACUCCUUCCCCUCCUCCAUGCUGGACCUCAGUUUCCUGGCAUCUCUAAAGUUACCCUCCUACGAGGAGGUUGCGGCUCAGCCCUCCACACCCCCUCCUCCCUACAGCUCUGUUUUUACGACUCCACGAUAUCCGCAGCCCCCUCGUGCUGCCGACCCACAUCUGCUUACGCAGCACGGUCCGUUGCUGCACCGACCGCUCAGUGAUGGACCCUCCUCCUUCAGCUCUAACAGCUCCAGCUGUUCCUGCGACUCCUGCUGCCCCUCUUCUCCAUGUAGCUCUUCGCUCUCUGCACCUAUCACUUAUGAGACUGACACAAGUCAUGCCUCCACACCCAGCGAGGCCAUGCCCCUCACCCUUGAUGUCACUAUGGAGACCAUAGCAGCUGCAGCCAGUUGCUUGGAGGCAAACGGGGCGCGAUUUACCUCCGAUGGAGCAGCUGGCACGGUAGCGGUUGACAUCGAGGGUGCCGAACAAGUCCGAGCUCAGGAACUCCCGGCCACGGACUCUUCAUUUCCUGGCCAGACUGUUACUGUGGCAGUUGUUACCAGGGCAGCCUCGUCUCAGCCUUCACCUAGCUCUGAGAUUGCCCUCGCUGUUGCAGCUUCCUCUCCUAUGAACACACAGCUAGAGAUGCCGCCAUGUUCUCCGAUCUUCAGCACCGGUAGCUCAAGUACACUCCCCAGUCCAAGACUUGAUGCCAUCCAACCCCCAUCCAUUAAAAUCAUGAGAACUGGAAGUCAGUCAGGGCCUUCUACCCCAACAGCUAACUCCUCUGGAAGCUGUGGGCCUGUCGAAGCUCUGGAAGCCCUUGAUGUAUCAAGAACUUUUGAUCCAACCAGUGCUCCCUCUAGUCCUUCAACACCGUCUCCAGAUGUUCAUAGAACUAUGGCCUUCAAAGCAGACUCUGCCAGCCUUCUAACCCCAGAUCAGGAUGUUAGCAGUGUGCCAGCUGAUGCGUCUGUAACCCCUACCCAAACUACAGUACCUACAAACCUUAAAAAGGACCAAGAACCACUGCUGUCUGAAGCAACUUUAGCUCCUCCGAACCUUCCGAGCAUUAUCAUCCCAGACACCAUCAUUAACACCCCUCCAAAACCAACACAUUUAGAUCUUACCCAAGGUACGAUGACAGCACCUGUUUCAUCUCCUUUGACUCAACACUUGGAGCCCUCACCUAGAUCAGGUCUGAUCCAGUCUCCUUCAAGCCCUGGAUCAGACCCGUCAGCAUCUGUUGCCAUUGUUGCAACUUCUAUUGUUUUGACUUUAUCGGCAGAUGAUUCUGGACCUAGUCCAGGAUCGCAUGAGUCAAAACUUCUUGCACCAUUGCCUUCAGAUAUUCAGGCUAGCUGUAGUACAGGCUCUGGGUCAGGAUCACCAACCCUAAUUCCAGAUCUCACUUGUCAAGCUCCUGUAAACUGUUCCUCUUCUUGCCCAGCAAUUACUAUUGAGUCUGAAACUUCUUUCACUCCUUCUCACUCACCCCAUGCAGUCGUCUCCCCGUCCUCACCCAGAUCCCCUCCUUGUCACGCAGCACCAGCAUUACUACUUGAUCCCCUAACUGCUCUGCACCAGCCCGACAAAGGCGGUUCCUCCUCUGGCCAUGCCUCCUCCCUCUCCCCGUCACCCCGCGCUACUCAGUCUCCACCAAAACAAACUGUCUUCUCCCCGUGUGUGGACGUCUUUGAACCUGGACCCGCAUGCUGGGAAGACGGAGAAGAGGAGCAGGGCGACGGGGACAAAGAGGAGGACGAAGAGGAUGACAUGGGAGCUGACGAGAGCCAGUACAGGCACCGCCGCCUUACCGGCGACUCCGGUAUUGAAGUGUGCAGAUGUCGAGUGGAGGAGGAGGAGGAAGACGAAGAAGAAGACGAGGAAGAAGAAAAAAAGAACAUCGACAUGCAUGAUAGUGUGGAUUGCCCAGCGAGAAGUCAGAUGAGCACAGAGGACGAACUCACACCCUGCAACCCCUCCACCUCUGUCACCUCUUCGACCCCUGAAGAAAACGGCAAAGUCAUCAUCGUCAUGGAGAAAGUGUAAUCGACAGAAAGCAGCAGGUUUAAACAGUUUCUCCUUCUGACCUGGAGAGUCAGCCAUCAAACGAUCGGAGAUGGUUCUAAACAGCCAUGGUUGUCAAUGUUGAGAGGAAAGGACCAGCGUUGGGUAGAAGAUUUGGUAUGAAAAGCUGGCGGUUUUAUGGGCUGCAGUGUCACGUUUCAGUAGGUUGAGAAGCGUCUGUUUAAUUUCAGGACUAUAAAACUAAAAAGCAGCAGCUAUUGUGAAACGAACAAACUUCCUUACCCCAAGACAGCUCUGCACAGACAGAUCUCUACAUCUGCACCUAAUAAAACUCACUUUAACCCAAUCUUCAUUGACUCUAAUCAACAGAAUUUAUUAAAUUCUCUUAACAUACUGAUAUUCAUCUCCAAUAUUGAGCCAAACUAUAUAAAUUUGCACAUAGAAACUUCAAAAAUCUCUUGUGACGCAAAUAUGGUACAAGAACUGCAAACAUCUUGAUUGAAAUCGUGCCCCUCAAGGCAAUGACGCUUUCUGUCUUUUGCUCAUAAAUGAAUGUCUUUAAAUAGUCGAGCAUUUAGGCGGAGAUAUCUUCCAUGCCGUCUUGGAUGAUGACGGCGGUUUGGAAGUGUGCCGGGGACAAGUUGGCUUGCUCUGAGAAAGGAAAAGAGACCGGUGUAGGAGGAUGAUUCACGGCGCUUGAUUGACAGAGGGAAGACUGAUUCAUUGAUUGAGGAGGACGUUUGAUGGCUGGGUCCGUCAGGAGAGCGGAAUUAGGCGGCUGGUUUGCAGUUUUUAUUCCAAGUGGGGGAAAAUUCAAGGCGGACAGCUCAGAUUGGCUUGUAUCGCGUCGACAUCUCAGCAGAGAAAAGCUCUUAGAUGAAUGUAAACAAACAAUGGAUGCUUAUAGACCAAAACAAAGCCCCAAAGAGAGCAGAGACAGAGUGUGUCAUCAUCCUGCCUUUGUUUCUUUCUCGGAGCGUGAGGUCAGAUCAAACAAUAAGCUGUCGACGCCACGAUCUCCGUCACUUUGUGGAUCUCUUCAUUGUCAAACAUCUCUCCUACGUCCUUAACUUCUAGGGAAUUUGAAGAAAAAUACAAAUUGCAGACAAAGCAAAGACAUUUCAAGGCCUUGAAAGGAUAUAGUUACGGCAAUCCUAUUCAGAGAGUUAGAUUUAUUUUUAGGUUGACGUUUCGUACAUUGUGAGCUUGAUAGAUAAGUCAGUGUACAUAUUUUGUGACACAGAGAUGGAGUAUAUUUUAGCAAUGAAGCAGACUUGGUAGUAGUUGUUUUGUAUGUGCUGCCUUGUUUUCAGCUCACCUUAAAAAUCAGUAAAACGAAUUCAUGAAGGGAAUUAUCUUCCGUUUAACAGAAUAAAUAGACCCAUAAGAAUUGGAAAUGGCUCUAGAAUCAUCUGGGGGAGUCUUUUGGUGGAAAACUUAGAGAUGAGGCUUACCCCUCGCACAGACUCUGUCGUUUGUGUGUGUUUUUUCUCUCUGUCAACAAUAGAAGCCAUUCUAGCCAAUGCAGUUGUGUUGUGCUACAGCGUUACGAUGAGCCCUACUCCUUCAUCCUUCAGAAAUCCUUCCAACCAAGAAACUUAUUUUCCAUUAUGCUUGUUGCCGUUUAGGGAAGGGUACUCUUAUCUCCCGCGGUCAGUUGACAGGACACACCGUGGGCAGACUCCCAGUCCACCACAUGGUCACGAAGUUUGUUGAUACAACUCAUUCUACUAAAGAGAUGACACAUCAAUCUGUAAUACCCUUAAGUUUUACAAGGGUGUGCGGGGCUGGUGCUUAUUUCUAGCAGUUCCUGAAGGAACAGAAGUUUACCUUUAGGUGCAAGUUCGUUGACUUCACCAACUAUACAAACAAAAGCUAAGAUCUUUUGCAAGUCUGGUAUAAAGGGUGGGUAUCGCCAUACGCUUGCUGCCAAGUUUCACAAAUGUCCCAUGAUGUAGAAACAUACCUUGGCAGGCAAAAAGAGCACAGUGAUUUCAGCCAAUUGACUAAGCAUUUCCAGUAGAGGAAAUGUUCAAACUUUUUCUUUCACAAGUAGAGACAUGAGCUGGCAUUGGAAGGAAAGGGGAUGGUUCUCGUAAGCUCAUGAAAUCCUCAACCUUACUGAAUGGAGAGAGACUCUUGAGUCUGGUUGACGGAUCUUUAUACCCUGUGUUCAUGCUGCAUUGAUCAACACCUUCAUGUAUAACUCAACAGAGCCACCGGUACAUGAUGCAAGAGCGAUAAAACCUCUGGAUUCAUAAAGGCAAAGUCCUGCCGCAGAGACGGCCUGAAACAUGCGGCCAUUAAAGACUGGAUUCAAUGCUCGCUUUGAUAAAGGUGGUUUUGGGACUUCUACAAGCUCAAGGACUGAUCAUACUGAGGCAUUAGGUUGAAAUUCAGCACCUGUGGAGUGUGAACAUCGAGAUCUUAGAGGCUAAACGUUCUAGGGUGACGCCCAGCCGUUGAUGUUGUAGUUGAUGUUGUGGUUGAUGGUGUUUUUGUUUUUUUUUUGUUUACCUGAACUUAUACCGUUAUAUAUUUCAUUGGUUUCCGAGUGCCAUUUCUACUUGACUACUGUUACUACUUAGCAUUAUUUAGAGCUGUUCUUGCUCUGUGUGACUGUGAGCUUUAUAGCAGAAUGACUUGGGGAAAAACGUCUGCAGUUUGUCUGUAAUUUAGGUUCUCAAAAGUUGUGCAGACCUGAGAUCAGCUUAAAGUGAUUAGGAUUUUAUAAAAAACGAAUCAGUUCUGAUAAUUUCUCAAAAUGAGGGAAACAACUGUUAGCAUUAAGCUAUGGAAAAAUCUCAAAAGUUUAAUCUAUUUCGACUCCUGCAAGCAUGGGGUUACUUUAUAACGCCUUUUGGGGGUAUAUAGUGAGCCUCUGGUGUUGCCUUAGUUUUGAUUGAAAGCAUGGAGGCAUUUUUGAAGUUCGAUUAAAGAUUAUCAGACACACAUUAAGCUGAUUCCAGGUGAUCCUACCUUCAAGAACAACCUUUUUGUUUAGGUCUGAAUUACAUAUCUUAUUCAUUUACAGCCCUCUCUUCAGGGAGAUUGUAACAUUGACUGGAUUCUCAUUCUAAAGGUUCUCAUUUGUUGUUUUUUACAUAAAAGUCAAAAGAUAUUUAGAAUAUCUCCCCUAUAUGGUGGUAGACUAAUGCCUAUAGGUUCUUUAUGCUACUACAGCUGGCUCAUAAGUCGUAUUUACGUUUUUUUAUUGCCCCAUUUGAAUUAGAAACCUAAAAAAGAACAUAUAAAUUGGAUUGUGUGAUGACUUAGGUUUGAAUUCUAAAAAGUUUUUGCAAAAUCUUUCUAGAUCCUUGGAAUGUGAAGCCAGUCAGACCUGCAUUUGGAUCUAAUCCCUUUAGGUUCUUACACAUCUUAACUCCACCUGUGAUUCAUUUACUCAGUUCAUCCCACUGUCCAAGUCCUUCCCUUCGUUUACAGGAUUUUAACUGUCUUAUUGAAUCUUCUCUCUUGUCUUCACGGGGUUCCUGUCCUCAGUGUCGGGGGUAAGAAGUGAAGUUUUAAAAUAAAACAUUAAAAUCCUGCAAUAUUCAAAUGAACACAAACACAAGUUAGUACUGUUAAAAGUAAUAUAUGGUGUGGAUGUAUGUAUGUAUGAAUGUGUGACAUAACUAAACCAGCCUGUUCUAAAAGUGUGGAAAUAUAAUGAAUAAAACUGUUGAA